AUGGAACUCCCACUGCGAACUGAGCACGGAUCAUUGAGGAUGAUUGGCUGGAAGAUUAAGAUACAAUUCUUUCUUCACCCCCUCUUUCGUCCAAAAACUCUCUUUUUUAGUGCCAUUUCCUCUACAUUCCUCUCUUUCUCUCUCUCUCUUCACUCCACUCUCUCUUUCCAACACUAUCUUUUCAGUACGAUUCCCUCUUCACCCAACUCUCUCUUCUCAACACUCUCUCUCUCUCUCUCUUUCCAGUACGAUUUUCUCUUCACCCCACUCUCUCCUCCCAACGCACUCUCUCUUUUCAGUACGAUUUACUCUUCACCCCACUCUCUCUUCCCAACACUCUCUCUUUUUAGCAUGAUUCUCUCUUCCCAACACACUCUCUCUCUCUCUUUCCAGUACGAUUCUCUCUUCACCCCACUCUCUCUUCCCAACACUCUCUCUCUCUUUCCAGUACGAUUUUCUCUUCACCCCACUCUCUCCUCCCAACGCACUCUCUCUUUUCAGCACGAUUUACUCUUCACCCCACUCUCUCUUCCCAACACUCUCUCUCUUUCCAGUACGAUUCUCUCUUCACUCCACUCUCUCUUCCCAACACUCCCUAUCUUUUUAGCAUGA